AUGGCAUCGUCAUUGAACGCAGGGAAGCUAGCUUCUGCCGUCGUGCAAGUGUCAUCAAGUGAAGACGCGAUGCGCAACAACUCUUUGUCAGAAUCGAAGCCAGCUGAUAGCUCAGGGGCCGAAAAGAGAGAGGAGACGAGAAAGAUGCUUUUCGUCUAUUUAAUCAUCUUCGUUCUUUUCAUUAUUUUGUUGGUUGGUUUCAUCAUAUACAUAUGCUGGAUGAAAUUUUUGAAACGACGAAUACUUGCAGAGACGAGAAAGAAGGUGCAGAAAGCUGUAGUCACAGCAGGCGCAGCUAGCACAUCAAAUGCUACUGAAAGCAGCAAGAAAAUAAAACCAUCACCAAGACGAAUGCGGAGUCAGUCACGCGAAAGCCAAGAAGAACUAAAGACUUUUGUCUGCACUGGUCCUAUAGUUAUGCAAGCUGGCUUGCACGGCAAAGUGAAGCACGCGCUGGACGCAUCUACAUCACACAGUCUUCGCGAGAUACAGUUUGAUCCGGCACAUAACGAAAUCACUCUGAUUGGGACAGAUGUUGAUAGGAUUGUUGGGAAAUCGACCAAAUUUUCCGACGAACUGGCUCAGACUCCUCGGCGUGGAAAGAGCACAAGCAGAGAAGUUGUUACAAGUUUCAAAGAGUGCGUUACACAAGAUGAAGCGAAAAAUUCCAAAGAACACCUGGAUUGGAAUGGCAUCAAGACAGCGCGACUUUCAUACGACAACAGAAACGUACUUCCACAUUGGAAUGAGAUAAUCAAAGCGAGAAAGCAAGUAAACUCCAGUGAAGAACAAGUACAAAAUACGGUGAAAGGAACUCGCAAAGAAUACUAUGGGAAAGAUCACAAAAGUGCGAUUCUCCCACAGCCCGGCAAGACGGCCCUAACACCACGUCUGGCUAGAACGCCAAUGUCGGAACCUCGACAGAUGCUGAAGAAGAACGCCAAUGUCGGAACCUUGACAGAUGCCGAAGAAGUAAGUGCUUCCAAAGAAAAGCAAUCGGACAGAAUGAGUGAAAAAUCCUCAAAUCAUUCACGGAGAAUGAAGAAGACAAUCAAUGUUCAUCUUCAUCGGACUCAAGACGACAGUGGCAAUGAUGAAGUGUUAAUAAGCAAACCUUUGAGCAAUGAUACAAUCCAUACUUCCACGUCCGUCGAACAAAAAGGACCAAAUAGCGAACCGCAUCACACUGACAGAUUAACAGACGACCUAAGUUAA